GUGGAGUCCAUUCAAGUGGAAAGCUGCAGACUGCUGCUCGCCGUCUUCUUACAUGGGGAGGAAAAAAACGUCUCACAAUCCACGGGUGAUGUUGUGACACUUGGAGCAAAAGAAAGAGAAGCAGAGAAGAAGAGCACAAGAUUCAAAACGUGGACUUGAGCGACUGUUACUGCGCGCUCUCUCUCUAACCCACCUCAUCGACUUUGAACCUGUUUGUUUAAAUCCACGGACUUUACAGCCUGCACACCCACGGCUGUUUCUCUUAAGGCGGAGAACCUGUUCAUUGUGAGUGCCGAGAACUUGCUGUGUCCGAUGGAGUAAAGAGGUUUUCUGACAUAGUGCCCGUGACUGUCCCCCCCACCCCACCAUGGACUGGACAGGUGAACCGGAGACGUACUGAAGGCAACUCUCUCCCUCGGGAGAGUCCUCCCUCCUCCCGGGGCGAUGCGGAUCCCCUUCCUCCUUCUCACCGCCUCUCUGUGCGCCACGGUCCUCCUCCUCGCACCUGCCUCGGAGGGUUGCGGACCGGGGAGGGGGUACGGCAAGAGGCGGCUUCCGAAGAAGCUCAUCCCGCUUGCAUACAAGCAAUUCAGCCCCAAUGUGGCCGAGAAGACGCUGGGGGCCAGCGGUCGGCCGGAGGGCAAAAUUACGCGCAACUCGGAGCGCUUCAAGGAGCUGACGCCCAACUACAACACGGACAUCAUCUUCAAAGAUGAAGAGGACACGGGCGCUGACAGGCUCAUGACACAGCGAUGUAAAGACAAGUUAAACUCCCUGGCCAUCUCGGUGAUGAAUAUGUGGCCCGGUGUGAAACUGAGAGUGACCGAAGGGUGGGAUGAGGACGGCCAUCACUCGGAGGACUCGCUGCACUAUGAGGGACGUGCGGUUGACAUCACAACCUCAGACAGAGACAGAAACAAGUACGCCAUGUUGGCUCGGCUUGCUGUAGAAGCUGGAUUUGACUGGGUCUACUAUGAGUCCAAAGCCCAUAUUCAUUGUAGCGUCAAGUCAGAACAUUCUGUAGCAGCAAAAACGGGCGGUUGCUUCCCUGCCGAGGCUCAAGUCACCCUGGAGGGCGGCGUCACCAAACAGAUGCGGGACCUUCAACCUGGUGAGCGGGUUUUGGCUUCCUCCGCAACUGAUGGUCGCGGCCCGCUUCUCUACAGUCCAGUAUUAUCAUUCAUGGACUUCCAGCCCAAUGCCUCAAAGAUCUUCACCAUCAUUGGAACCAACACUGGACAAAAUAUCACGCUCACGGCGGCACACCUCAUCUUCGUCACGGACUGUCGGGGCAGACUUCGAGAGGAAGGUGUGAGGACAACCUUUGCCAGCGAGGUCCAGCCGGGUCAGUGCAUACUAACCUCACGAGGAACGGAGGCAAAACCCGCUAUUGUGACUUUUGUAGAGGAAAGGCAGAGCACUGGGUUGUACGCCCCGCUCACCCAGCACGGGUCCCUAGUGGUGAACAGCGUUCUAGCAUCGUGUUAUGCGGCUGUGGACAAUCACCAUUUGGCCCAUUGGGGUCUUGCCCCGCUGCGUUUCUUCUACAGACUGAUGGGACCUGCAGAACAACAAACUGAUGGAGUGCACUGGUACCCUUGGCUUCUGCAAUGGGUUGGGGAAAGGCUACUGGACCCCAAACACUUCCACCCUUUAGGAAUUGAGCAAGGACUCUGACAGAAGAAAGACGACUGAUGACAGAAUAGUCUGUCAUGGCUUUAUAACAUAUUUGUUUUCAAGAAACAGGAAAAUGAGUAUUGAAGUGUGCCAAUAAACACAUAGUAAGCACACAUUAUUGACAUGGGGGGAAAGUGUUGGGAAAAAUCUCAUAGACACUCCAAAAUAUUGUAAAAAGUCUUUCCAGCAGAGUGUAAGUGGAGUUAUCCAUAUGGUGUAACAACCCCAAUUUUGAGGUUUGCCAUGCUUAGAGCACCUUAACGUUAAAAAAGAUGACUUUUUAUGACAACAGAACAGACAACAAUCAGGCUCAUCAUGCAUUUUCCGCUUCACGAUGAGACAUAUGGGCAUGUAUUUCGGGACUACUCGUUCAAACUCCACAGGGGAGAAAGUUAAGGCAAAGUAGGGUGAAGAAAAUGAAAGAAAACGGUGGAAGCUAGUGUUUGAGAGCUUUAUGUACAUUGAAUUUAUGGAGUUAAGCAGUAAGUAACAGAUUAAGUUUACUAUGUUUACUGAUUCUUCGCAUUCCACUCGAUGCAUUUUAGAAUGACCGAAAAUAUAUUUAUCACAACAUUUUAAAUUAUAUGUGCUUCAUUGUGAUUUUUGUUGAGAUAAAAUUGCAGGACACUGCAACAUGACACCUUGAGGACGUCAUCAGGGUUUACCUUUAAACAAUUUUAUUUUUAUCUACUGGGACACAAAAUAAAAUCACUGAUGAUAUACACUUAACAAAAUCAAAAAGUGGCUGCCUGAAUGCCUCAGGGAUCCUAUAAUUCAGGUCAGAUUUGUUGCUCGCUCUGCUUCCGGUUCGUGGAGCUCAAACUUUAAGCUGUUUUGGUUGGUUCCUCAGUGUAAGAUCAGGGAAUAAUGAGAGAUUCCACAGUAUUUUUUACCAUCUACUUACAUAAAUUCUGUAUGGUUCAUGUAUGCAUUUUCUUUAUAUCAGGUAUUUUAUUUAAAACAAAUAUGUUUUUGUUGUAAUACAUUUCCGUUUCCCAAUCGGUAGUAGGCCUAGCUAGCAAAAUAAACUUGACUUAGGCUGUAUUAAACUACUGUACACAUCUAACAGCUAUAUAUCAUGUUCGGUAUCAUGUGGUUCUCCUUUGCAUGAGCAUUUUCAUUCCAUCCGUAGACGACAAAAGCACAUUAAUAUAUAUUUUUAAAUGAAGUAGGUUGUGAUGGGAGUACACUUCAUGAAGGUUAUCACGGUGCAAAAACUCUACAGCACUAUAUUAUAUACCAAUACAAAAAGAUUUGUCAAAUAUGUAUAUUAAGCUAUUUUCUGAGAAAUUAUUUAAAGAUCUAUUUUUAGAAUAUGAUGUAAAUGUAUUAUUAUU